AUGAGGCUGCUCCUGGCAGCGCUGGCCCUGCUCCUGCUCCUGAGCAACUUGGUGCCUGGGGGCAGUCUGUCGCUGGAGAGCCUGCUGACCAACAUGAGGUGCAAGUGCAUCAAAUCGACUGCCCAGGUUAUCAACUUGGGACUGAUCCUCACCAUCGACGUCGCGCCGCCUGGUCUGCACUGCCGGAGGAAGGAGAUCAUCCUCACCCUGAAGAAAAACAAGAGGGUGUGCGUGGCCCCCGAGGCGCCCUGGAUCCAGCUGCUCGUCCACAGGCUGACGCAGAGGAAUGCCGCCAGGAGGGCAGCGGCGGCGCGGCCGCGGCGGGAGGCGCAGCAGCGGCCGUGCCCUUCCCCUCACGGCUCCCGCGCUCCGUCCCCGCCGCCGUCCCGGUCCACGCCAGCCCCGGGGCGCUGAAUUCCCGCUGGGACGGCAGCGACACGACCGCUCCGCGCUGAGACACGCCGGGUGUCGCGGCACAACGCUGGCGCUUGCCCUGCUCCCGGGGUUUUGGCAGGGGCCGGGAGCCUUUCCCUGCCGCCCGACAAAAAAAAGGCUUCCCACACCCCCCCCCCCUCAGGCAGCCGGCGUCUCCCUCCGCGUGGCGUGUGCCGCGAUAUUCCCGCAGGCUACCGCAGCCCAUCGAGGGCACCGUCAAUAAAUGAUGAAUGUGCU